UUCUUUCUUUCAUUGUGAUAUUUUUUCUCUCAAAAAAUAGUUUCAUUUCUUAAAAAUUUGCUAGCAAUGAAGGCAAUGAAAAUGAAUGUUUUGUUGGUGGUUGUGAUGGUCGUGGUGGUAGCCAUGUCCGGAAUUCAAAACGUAGUUGCAGUUGAUGCGCCUGCUCCUGCUCCUGCCUCGGAUGCUACCCUAUUUGUACCGACCAUUUUCGCUUCUCUCAUAGCUCUUGCAUUUGGAAUUCUCUUCUGAUUGAACUAGCUUGAGUGGACGUUGACUAAUGAAGUGUAGUUCUUUAUAUAGUCCAAUUAUAUGUGAUUUGUGUAGAUUUUUUUUUUGUUAUUUCAACUCAAUGUGUUAGAUCAUUGAGAUGAUGAGUUUGAGGUUCAUUUCUUUGUAUUAUUAUUUGUGAUAUUGUCACCUUGCACAUAUACUCUCUUUUUCAACUCAAUGUGUUAGAUCAUUGAGAUGAUGAGUUUGAGGUUCAUUUCUUUGUAUUAUUAUUUGUGAUAUUGUCACCUUGCACAUAUACUCUCUUUUUCAACUCAGUGUGUUAGAUCAUUGAGAUGAUGAGUUUGAGGUUCAUUUCUUUGUAUUAUUAUUUGUGAUAUUGUCACCUUGCACAUAUACUCAUGUUCUUAAUAUUCUUAUGUUGUUAUGAAUUUAUAAUAUGUGAUUUUCUACUCUUUAA